AGCCGUGGCCCGUGGUCACGGUCAGGCCCGUCUGAUCGAAGAAGCGCAGCUCUCCCCUUCUCGCGUCUCUUCUACUGCUCCCUCCACUUCCACUCCGCCUUUCCCAUUCCCGUUGAAGCGAGCGAAACAGAUCAAAAGGAGAGCGAGAAAUAGAGAGGAAAAAAAAAAUUCCCACCGCUCCCGAGGCACGUCGCCGGCGACUGGGCGACCCCUCCGGCGGCUCCGCUGAGGCGACGGCCGUGCUCCGGCCGCCCGCGGAUGCUUACGGGACCCCGGCGUGGCAAGGGCCCGGCGGUCCACGCUCGUAGCCAGAUCUGAGGAAGGGUGGUGCUGGGAAGCGGGAGGUGGUGGGAUUCAUUCAGCCGCCGGCGGGGAUGGGGUGGUCCGUAAGGCUGUGGUGGCUCGUGGCGGUGGCGGCGUGGGCGGCGGCGGCGGUGGGGGCGGAGGGGGAGGUCGUCGCGGUGGGGGCGGCGGCACCGAGGCGGCACGCGUACGCGGCGAUGAUGUACAUGGGCACGCCCCGGGACUACGAGUUCUACGUCGCCACGCGCGUCAUGAUGCGGUCCCUGGGCAGGCUAAGCGCCAGCGCCGACCGCGUCGUGAUCGCGUCCCUCGACGUCCCGCCGCGCUGGGUCGAGGCGCUGAAAGAUGAUGGUGUGAAGGUGGUCUCUGUGGAUAAUUUGAAGAAUCCUUAUGAGAAACAAGAAAAUUUCAACAUGCGAUUCAAGUUGACUUUAAACAAGCUGUAUGCGUGGAGCUUAGUUUCAUAUGAGCGAGUUGUUAUGCUUGAUUCCGACAACAUUUUCCUCCAGAAUACUGAUGAGUUAUUUCAGUGUGGUCGGUUUUGUGCUGUCUUCAUCAAUCCAUGUAUCUUCCAUACAGGCCUCUUUGUACUAAAGCCUUCAAUGGAUGUUUUUAAGAACAUGCUACACGAGCUAGCUGUUGGACGCGAAAACCCAGAUGGUGCAGACCAAGGCUUCCUUGCUGGUUAUUUCCCGGAUUUGCUUGAUCAGCCAAUGUUCCAUCCACCAGCUAAUGGUACCAAACUUGAGGGAACUUAUCGCCUCCCUCUGGGCUACCAGAUGGAUGCAUCUUACUAUUAUCUGAAGCUUCGUUGGAGUAUUCCAUGUGGGCCAAACAGUGUGAUUACAUUUCCAAGUGCUCCAUGGUUUAAACCAUGGUAUUGGUGGUCUUGGCCAGUUUUACCUUUGGGCCUCUCUUGGCAUGAACAACGUCGUGAAAACCUAGGGUACUCGUCGGAGAUACCAGUGGUUUUAAUUCAGGCUGUACUGUACAUUGGAGUCAUAGCAGUUACUCGACUGGCACGGCCUAGCUUGUCCAAGAUGUGCUACAACAGAAGAAUGGAGAAAAGCACUAUGUUCUUGCUCUCCCUGCUCAGAGUAGUGGUGGCAUGGUCCAUACUCGCAGCUUACACCAUUCCCUUCUUCAUCAUCCCAAGGACUGUGCAUCCGCUGCUUGGAUGGCCUCUGUACCUGCUCGGUUCUUUCUCACUUUCUUCCAUUGUGAUCAACAUCUUCCUCCUUCACCCGCUCUCUGUCCUCACGACAUGGUUUGGGAUCAUCGGCGCUCUCUUUGUGAUGUCUUUCCCUUGGUAUCUAAAUGGUGUCGUCAGGGCCUUGGCGGUGUUUGCGUACGCAUUCUGCUGCGCACCCUUGAUCUGGGCAUCUUUGGUCAAGACAAUGAGCUCCUUACAGGUUCUCGUCGAGAGGGACGCAUUCAGGCUUGGAGAACCUAACCAGAACGCCGAGUUCACGAAGCUGUACUGAGGUGGGCAGGGCAGAUACAUAUGAUUGAUCAGUUCAGUUGUGGUUCAGUUUGAACAGCUAAUCUCCAUUCACGUUGGCAAUUCUGAUGGCCAAUUUAGUUGUACAAGUAAAACUGCAGGCUGUGGGAGCUAGAGUUGUUGUACCUUUUGGAACCACCUGGAAACCUCUGGAACCCGUUACUAUUGUCUUAGACAUGUAACCAUGUAGGUGAUAUACAAGGGGGGAAAGGAGGGGGUAGAGUUGGUGAGGAACUGCAGAGGAACUGGCCGGGGGCAAGUUUUGGUUAUUUGACUUACUGUUCCUCUGAAAAGCCAACACAUUUUUGGCUUUGCUGUAAUUGAUAUGAUCAGUUCCAUAACAAUUCACCAAAUCAAGAGAAAGGUAGAAAGUUCAGACAGUGCGCUGUUGGAAA